CGAGAAAGCAAAACAAAAGUACCCAAGAAAAGAAGGGGAAAAAAAGGUUGACUUUUUGGGCAGAAAAAGAUAGACCCACAACUGGUCCAGACUGCAGCAGCAAGAGAACUGGACAGCUAUGGUGUUGAUGUGGAAAACAACAUCUAUUACUUUAAUUUUUCUUGCUGCUAUGUCACCCUGCUUAGACCCUCCUGCUGUACUUUCCUUUGGUUGGAACUUCAUUAACACAUUGGGGAUACUCACAUCAGCCUUUCUUGGAUUUUUGCUUCAGUGGUCUGGUGCUUUAGCGCUAGGUGCUACAUCUGCGGUCUUGCAUGUUGUUCUUGAGCAGUUUAAGACAUGCAUUAUCCUCCUGGGAAACUAUUAUCUAUUUGGAUUCAAUCCCGGCAUAAUUAGUAUCUGUGGAGCAUUUGCGGCUAUUGCUGAUUCCAAUCUGACCAUUUUGGGUGUUGAUGGCUUAUGUUCAAAUACAAUAUAUUAUCAAAGCCGUACUAGGAUACAAUGGUUCUAUUACACAUGGCAACUGCUGCUCAAGUUGGAAUAUCUAUAUGUAAAUGAAUGAUUUGGUGGAUUCGUAUCCGGAGUUACGAAUUUUUUCCGGCGUAUAGAAUAGGAGCUACUGUUGCAUUUUGCAAUUGUCCAGAAAACAGAAUUAUUUUUUUGUUAUUAUACUCAUCUCAAUUUGCUACAUCUCAUCAUGGGGAAAAAGGGUUCUCAAGUUUAUUUAUUUGUAGUAAGAACGGAAUUGUGCAGUCUUUGUAAUUUGUACUUUGUAUCAGCAUAAGGAAUCAAGAAUAGGAAGUUGUUAUUGUAAAUCACGUUGGUAGGGAAUGGGAAUUUAUGCAGGGAAUGUAUUAAUAAUAUUUAUUUCAUAAAAACAUUUCAUUUUUUAUUC